UGAAGGGGAAAAAAUUGCACACUCCAAAAUAAAAAUAAAACAAAAUUGCAAUAUUUAUUUUUGUGCAGAUGCAAAUCAGGGCGGGCAGAGGCUGCAGUCUGCAGGUCGACCUUUUCCUGGAGUUAUCCUAGAGGCGUGGGGAAAGUGAGGGGAGGGAGGCUACCUGGACUUGGCUGGCUGGGGAGAAACGGUUGCUGGGCAGGAAAGGGGGAACCAAAGAGCUGCGGAACGGAAGGUGCUUGCUGCUUGCAGCUGCGGGCGCCGACGAGCCAGCUGCACCAGCUGUGGUUGCACUUUCUGCUGGGGAAGAGGAGAAAUGGAGUCCCUGCAAGUUCUGGAGCUGUAUAGUGGCAUUGGAGGAAUGCACCAGGCGCUGAAAGAAGUGCAAUUGCACUAGGACUCCUUAGCUACCGGCCAGAGAUGAGCGACUCUGAGCAUGGCCCGGCCACAGGCGACGAGGACGGCGGGGAACCCGAGGAGGAAGAGGAAGAGGAAGAAGCCGCUGCCGGAGAUGGAGACCCAGCGCAGGGGAGCCGAAAAGCCCGGGGUGGCCGCAAGGCCCGGGGUAGGCCGCGGCUCACGGAGUCCGACCGAGCCCAGCGCCGCCUCGAGUCCCGGAAGAAAUACGACAUGCGGCGCGUCUACCUGGGCGAGUCCCACGGCCCCUGGUCGAACCUGAGGCAGCGCAGCGGCUGGAGCGACGCCAAGCUGGCCGCGUACUUGCUGGGACUGGAACGGGAGCAGCGGGCCGGGCGCCGAGGGAAACUCUGGGAGCAGCUGCCUUACGAGCCGCAAAGGAAGAAGAGAAGGCGGCGGAACGUGAACUGCCUGAAGAACGUCGUCAUCUGGUAUGAAGACCACAAAAACCGCUGCCCCUAUGAGCCCCACCUCUCUGAGCUGGACCCCACCUUUGAGAUGUACACGACGGCCGUGUGGCAGUGCGAAGCAGGACACCGCUAUUUCCAGGACUUGCACUCGCCUCUCAAGCCGCUCAGCGACUCCGAGAACGAGGGCGGCCAUGCCGGAAGCUGCGGGAAUUCCGACGAGAGCUCUAGUUCGGAGGCUGAAGAGCGGUCAGAGGGCCAGACGCAGCGGCAGCCGACAGAAAAUAAGGAGGGCGAGAGCGCAAGCGGGCUCAUCACUCGGGAUGGCAUCCACAUUCCGUUUGAGCACCAUAUUGAGAACCUGGCGUCAGAGCAGGGGCCUGGCGUGUGCCCACCCCUCGGCGGCCCACAGACCAUGGAAACUGUGGUGUGCGUGCCGGUGCCGGUGCAGAUGAGUUCGGGCCACGGGACUCUCUUUGACAACGUGACGCCAGAGACGCUUAGCGAGGUGGUGGCCAGCUGCCCCGUCCAGGGUGUGGCGCAGGGCUCACAGGUGAUCAUCAUCGCCGGGCCUGGCUAUGAUGCCCUCACGACUGAGGGCAUCCAGCUGAACGUCACCAGCACGGGCGCAGAGGAGUUGCCCUGCGCCAUGAUUGAGAGCGUGGCGGCGGCCUAUGCCCAGACGGAGCCUGGGACUGGACAGCCCAGCGGCAUGGAGAGUGUGGAAUACAUCGAAACCAAACGGGAAAACGAGGAGCUUUUUGAGCUCAAAAAGGAGGAGCCGCAGCCCCCGGCGGAAAUAAGGACGCCCUGUGACCCAGAGCCAGACCCUGAGAGUGUGGGGCUGGAAGCAGAGGAGGAGAUCGAGGGCAUCAACAUGUCCUCCAUCAUCUACGAGAUUCCAAAGGAGCCCGAGAAGAGAAGGAGGAGCAAAAGGGGCCGUGUGAUGGACGCCGAUGGCAUGCUGGAGAUGUUCCACUGCCCCUACGAAGGGUGCACCCAGGUCUAUGUAGCACUUAGCAGUUUCCAGAACCACGUUAACCUCGUCCACCGGAAGGGGAAGACGAAGGUGUGUCCCCACCCAGGUUGCGGCAAGAAGUUCUAUCUCUCCAACCACCUCCGGAGGCACAUGAUCAUCCACUCCGGAGUCCGCGAAUUCACCUGCGAGACCUGCGGCAAAUCCUUCAAGCGCAAGAACCAUCUGGAAGUCCACCGCCGGACACACACUGGGGAGACGCCUCUCCAGUGCGAGAUCUGCGGUUACCAGUGCCGGCAGCGAGCCUCUCUCAACUGGCACAUGAAGAAACACACCUCGGAGGCCCAGUACAACUUCACCUGCGAGCACUGCGGAAAGCGCUUUGAGAAACUGGACAGCGUCAAGUUCCACAAGCUAAAGAGCCACCCGGAUCACAAAGCUGCCUGAUCCAGACUUUAUUUAUUUAUUAUUGGCCCAUUACAGGUUCCGCGCCAACGGAGGGCACUUCUUUGCACAUACACAGCUGGAGAUGUGAUGUGUGUGACCUGCAGCAGAGAAUUGCAUCCCAUAAUCCAGGGGUAGGCAAACUAAGGCCCGGGGACCGGAUGCGGCCCAAUCGCCAUCUCAAUCCGGCCUGCGGACAGUCC